AUGCAAAACAGAUCAACAAGUUAUCUCUUUCUUUGAAAUGGCUGUGCUAAUGAUAAAGCUUCCAAUUACUAAUUCAUCACCUAGAUUAAUACUAUUACGUUUCAUUCUUUUCUUAGUUUUAUCAUAUAGAACAAACUCAUUGUUGAAACUACCACCAAAUGUUACCGUUCCAGCACUCAUAGCUUUUGGAGAUUCAAUCCUGGAUACUGGAAAUAACAACAACAUCACAACUAUUGUCAAGUGCAAUUUCCCUCCUUAUGGUCAAGAUUUUCAAGGAGGCAUUCCAACCGGUCGAUUUUGCAAUGGCAAAAAUCCCUCAGACUUGAUAGUUGAAGAAUUAGGUAUUAAGGAGUUUUUACCAGCUUAUUUAGAUCCAAAUCUGAAGCCAAGUGACCUUCCUACUGGUGUAUGCUUUGCUUCUGGUGCUGCUGGUUAUGAUCCUUUAACAUCUGAAUUAGUGUCGGUGAUUUCAAUGUCUAAACAACUAGAAAUGUUCAAAGCAUACAUAGAGAGGCUUAAAGGUGUGGUUGGAGAGAAAAGAAAAAACUUCAUCAUAGCCAACACUCUUUACAUUGUUGUAGCUGGAAGUGAUGACCUUGCCAACACUUAUUUUACUUUUCGCACCCGGAAACUUCAAUAUGAUGUUCCAGCUUAUACUGAUCUUAUGGUCAAAGAAGCCUCCAAGUUCGUUAAGGGAUUAUAUCAACUUGGAGCUAGAAGAAUUGGAGUGUUUAGUGUAGCACCUAUUGGAUCCAUACCAGCACAGAGGACACUAGGUGGAGGUGUAUUUAGAAAUUUCAAUGAGGAAUACAAUGAAGCAGCCAAGUUAUUUAACUCAAAACUCUCCAAGGAAUUGGAUUAUCUUCAUUCUAAUUUGCAUAAUAGUAGGGUUAUUUAUAUUGACAUAUACACUCCCAUACUUGAUAUCAUUCAAUAUCCCAAAAAAUAUGGGUAUAAAAUUGCAAAUAAAGGUUGUUGUGGAACAGGAAAACUAGAGGUAUCAAUUUUAUGUAACCCUUUGACUCCUACUUGUGCUGAUAAUUCAGAAUAUGUGUUUUGGGAUAGCUAUCAUCCUACAGAAAAUGUAUACAGAAAGCUUCUGGAUGAAGUUCUUCCGAAAUAUGUGGAUCGCUUGAUAUGAUAUAUUGUAUAUUUGAUUCACACCGGUGGACUUGAACAUGUUUUGUAUUUGAAAUUUAGAAGAUAUAAGAGUUAUUGUUAUUAUAGAAAUAAA